CAUUAAUGUAUGAAUUUCCUAAUGCGUAUAAUACUGAAAGAGUUGACCAAAUUUUUGAAGAUUUGAAAGUAUUUGAUGAGCCAAAUAUUAAAGAUUGGAUCAUAUUCUAUUCAAAAUCCUGGGUGUGUGCUUCUCUAAACAAAAUGUAUUCAUUUAUGAAUCCAGAUAUUUGGAAUAAAGCUCCUGAUAACACUAAUGUAGCAGAAUCAUGUCAUGCAAAUUCAAACCAGCUAAAAAUUAUGAUGAAAGACAUUUUGUUUCCUGUGAAAUUCAAGACAAUUAUGGAAUUUCAAAAUCUGGAAAGGACCAAUGUGUUGGUUGUAGCACGAGAAAAACAAUCUUCUAAACGAAAUGUUACUAAAGUUACUAAGAAACCAAUCAAAAAAACAAAAACCAAGGCUCCAAUAAAAGUAUUACAACCUGAAGCUAAAAAAACAAAAAUAUUGAUUUGA